UCAAAGCUCGUGUGAUAACUAGAAAUAAUAUACAGAGUCCUUGAAAGAAGAAAAAAAAAAAAAACACGGAAGCAAAAGGGUGCAGUUCGAUCGAUUUCUAACGAAGCAUGGCUCGGUCUCUUGAGCCACUGGUAGUGGGGAAAGUGAUCGGAGAAGUUCUUGAUAUGUAUAAUCCGGUGGCUGAGUUUACUGUACAUUAUGGGUCUAAACAAAUUGCCAAUGGCUGUGAGAUUAAGCCCUCUGCUGCCGUACAAAUGCCUCGUGCGCAGAUUCUUGGUUCUCGACUCACUCCGAGUCUCUAUACCCUGGUUAUGGUUGAUCCUGAUGCUCCAAGUCCUAGUGAUCCAAAAUGGCGAGAGUGGCUCCAUUGGAUUGCUGUAGAUAUUCCAGAAGGAUCCGAUGCUACCAAAGGACAUCAGCUGGUGCCAUACAUGGGGCCUCAGCCUCCUACAGGCAUUCACCGGUAUGUGUUCGCUGUAUUUAAGCAGGGAGAGGCAUUGAAUGGAAGGACUAAAGCUCCAGAAGGUCGUGGAAACUUUAGCACCCGUCAAUUUGCCGCACAGAACGGAUUGGGGCUCCCAGUUGCUGCUGUGUAUUUCAACUCUCAGAAAGAGCCGGCAGUUAAAAAACGUUGAAAUUCUGUUGUAGUGGAAGAAAUAUCUUUGAUGUCGUUUCUUGACACGUGGACUGGAACAGCGAUGUGAUGUGCCUUCUGAAUUUCUAAUAUGUGCUUGUAUUUGCAUUGCUAGUGUUUUCUUUUUUCCUUCUCUUCUGGUAUAUAAAUUAAAAGUGGGCUUGGAGUUAUGUAUCA